AUUGUUGAAGAUUAUGUAAAAUGUGCAUCCAAUGCCCCUUUGUUUUCUAUAUAUCUUCUCUUGAUUCUUUUCCUUCUCCUCCCCCUUCUCCUUCUUCAGAAAGUUUGAGGUGUUUUCUUGAAGGUUUUAGUUACAAUGCACGAUUGGGCUGCUCCUCUUAUAGCUGCAGCACUGUUUGCUUUCCUUUCUCCAGGAUUGGUGAUCCAGCUCCCUGGAAAGAACCAUCCAGUUGGUUUUAUGAACAUGCAGACCAGUUUGGCAUCCAUAUUUGUGCAUGCCGUUCUUUACUUUUUGUUCCUCAUCCUGUUUCUUCUUGUUCUUCACAUCCACAUUUAUGCCUAGGAUUCAAUAUGUUAUACUACUCUAUGUUUUUUAAUCGCUUCUAGUCACCUGUAGGCUGUACUUGAUGUUUAACUAAUGAAGAGUUGCAUGUUAU